CACUGUGUAUGUUCAAAUAUGUUACACAAACUUUUUCUAAUUAUCACAUUAAUAUGUAUAACAAAGUGCGAACAUUUUUCUCAAUCUUACUCCAUGGAAAAUUUAUAUGCAAUACUUAAUCAAACGACGGAAUACUUUAAAAAUCUCACCAAUGCAUAUGAAGUAUUAAGUACUGACAGUUCAAAUAAUAUUAAUGAUGCAAUUAAUAAAUAUAUGGAAAAUGCGACCAAAACAAUCCUUCAGAAAAACAAGCGACAAAAAAGAAAUCUUCAGAAUGAUUUGCAAUUCAAUAAAGACGUGAAUGUACUAGAAGGUUUCGAAGAGACUUCAUCCUUCAAUCUAUCGGACAUUCAGGACAUAACUUUCUUUUCCAUAGGAGAUGAACAUUCGCUGAUGGCUAGGCUUGCAGCAACUGUCCAUUCCUCAAAUAUAUCACUUUAUCGAUUCGUUGAUAAUGAAGUGCAACUCGCGGCAAUGUAUCCGUUAUCCGAUGGAAAACGAAUAAUCGUAAGGAAUUAUAGCGCUGGUACGCUUAUAGUUGUGCAAAAGGGCACUGAUGGGAUCGUCAUUCUUCGUCUCGGCAAGAACAAGAACGGUGAUUACGAAUUACAAUUCAAACAGGAGUUCGAGAUUCCCGGAGUGACGCACGCAGAUAUGUGGCUCGGGAUGAAUCAAUUGUAUUUGGGAGUCGCAUCGGAAACGAAGAUAUUCGUAUACGUAUGGCUCGGCGAACACUUCGACAAAACCGAUAGCUUGCGCUUCGGGGCAAGAAAAUUAUUACCCUUCCAGAACAAAAGCUUUAUACACAUCGCGAUUGUAGGAUCUCUCACCAAGAUAUUUCGUUUUUCCGUGCGUUCCAAUAAAUUCGUAGAGAUACAAAGAUUGCAUUAUGGUAGAGAUGUCAGUUCGUUCUACUUCAAGAAAGGCCACUUUGAAGAGCACUUCCUGGUUUUGGCCGGUAACGAUUCUACAAUUUUGUACAAAGAAAUGUAUGGUCGUUUCGUGCCCUUUCAAAGAAUCGCUUCGGUAUAUAUUCAUUCCUUGGCAAUGGAAAACACUAUCAUUCUUCUCUUCGCGGAGGAGGACGCUAUAGGAAUUUAUCAAUACGACGGAUGGAGAUUUCUCAAGACGCACAUGAAACAGUUAUCCAACACUCAAAUUCGUCAAAUUCAUUCAUAUAAUAAUCAAGACAUACUGGUGGCACAAAAUCAAAACGGGGGAUGGAAGUUUCUGAGACCCGUUUGGGCCGCGAAGAAGACGUGGAAAUCUUUACAAAAUGAAAUAGCCGCUUGGUGUUCGGAGAUCAAGCAAAAAUUAUCUCAAAGAAACUUGGAAAAAAUUCCAGAAUUCAAGAAUCCCGUCAUCUCGAACGCAUACAUCGGUCGACUUCGUGUUCUAAACCUAAAUGAUUAUAAUACAGAGGAUUUGGUCCGCUUAACGCAACAAUAUAAUAAUACAAUUGCCAAAUUAAAUGCGGCAAAUAGUCUCUUAGCGCAAGAAACAGAAAAUACCGAAGGGUCUAAGCAUACAGUAUUAUAUGGCAAAAAGAUUACAGUCAAGUGCAAAACAUCUUGCUACAUUCAUCGUAUUAUUACGGAUGACGAAGUUAAACCUGCUGCUAAAUACGUAAAUUCGGAAAUUGCCAAUCAGACUCUAGAGUUUGCCAAAGUAAAAGUAAAAACGAUGAAUGAUUGGAAAUGUCCCAUUCCUAAUUUUAAUAUAGAUGAUAUAUCUGUGACAGAAUCUAUCAAUGGGAUACUGAUGCAGGAUCUGCAAGAAAAAACGUUAAAAAUUUCAGGAAAUCAAGAAAUUUCAGGUACACAUAUCUUCGCCAACUUGCAUGUGAUAAAUGCUUCGAUUCCGUUGGACAUCGCGACGAAUAGCACCCGACAAAUAGUACAUAUGAGAAAGGCAACAGUGAAAGAGUUACAUCUAACUGAGGACGAAUUUUUCUUGCCAUUGAAUGGUACUGAACUGACUGUAAUGAACGGCUCGAUAACCGCCGCGAAAGUGAGAGUCACAGGACUUGUCGAACUGAAAGGCGGAAUAACAGGCAAAGGAAUUGAAAAAUUAGCGCCCUUGAAAUAUAUUUCUACACCUUUGAUCUUGUACGGCGAUCGCUUUUUACAAAACGUCACCUUCAGCAAUGUUGUCAAGGUCAAAGAUAUCGUUCGAACUCGCGGAAUGUCCCUGAAAGAGAUCUCGAAAAAUUGCAUACCGCUAAAUUCUAAUGUAUCAGUGCACUUAAUAUUAUCCAGUGAUAAAACACAAUGGAGCAACGUGACUUUGUGGGACUACGCGAAUUGGGUGACAAAAAAUUCUACUCAGACUAUCGUGAUUUCUGGCACAAAAUUCACAAAUAACAGUGUCGUUUUGACAAACGCUACCUAUACAAAGCUUCCGAUUCCAAAACUGACAAUUCCUUUAUGUGUUACGGAAGUCGUCACUCCAGAAAUUAUAACUUCUUUGCUGACGGUCGAUGAUAUGGUUGUAAAAAACUUAAAUGUUUCGCACAUAAUCGGAGCUGAUAAUUUGAAUACGACCGUCUUCAAUUCAGUGUCAGCUUUGCGCAGCGUUGAUUUUUCAAAGAAGCUAUUUACAGGUCGCGUUUUCAUCAAGAAUAUUUUAGCAUCGGAAAUUAAAGGAACAGAUCUAAGAGACUUGAGCAUUCAAAUGAACAAGUGGAUGGACAUAAAUCAUUUCAAAGGAUCAAUAAACAUUACGAAGCUCGUCGUUGACAAUCUUGAAACGCCCGCCUAUCUCAAUCUCUCUUUACCUACAAAAGUAAAGAACGUAAUUAUAAAAGCGGAUAGCGAUAUCGGAAAAAUCAAUAACAUUAAUAUACAGUCUUUUAUGGAAAAUGUACUGAAAGUAAACGACGUAAUAUCCUUGGAACACGUGACAUUCGCUAACGGUUUUACAUCAAACCACAUAUAUGCUUCCCGUUCGACGUUAAAUUUCUCACAUUUAGAUGCGCAUCCUAAUCUUCAUUCAAAACAAAUCUCUACAACAUUGAAAACAGUUGGGAUAAAUGUGCCUCAGACUUUCGGUUAUAUAGCAAGUGAUAUACCAUCGACAUUUGUUAUACAAGGAUCAGCUAAAUUUUCAACAGAGCCAAUUGUGCAAAAUAUACGAGAUGUGAAUCUCAAACAAUUAUCCGAAAACAUAUGGAUGGCAAACGAGGAUACCGUUCUCUCUGGUAGCAACAUGAACGUUAAGAAUAUAACUUUAAAAGCAGAUGUUAUGAUACACAAUCCUGCAAAUUCAUUGAAUGUAAAAAUGUGGUCGCAGUUAUCGAGCAAAUUAUUGAGUAAAACGAAAGAACAGCAUAUUACCGUAGUUUCAUCAUUUAAAGAUGUUGCAGUGCCCGCUAUCAUUGCGGCGAACAAUGCAACUCUUGAAUCUUCGGACAUUAGCUUGAAAGAUAUGCUAACUAAUUCCUUGAUGAGAGAUACAGCACAAACUGUAAAUGCCGCAUGGCACUUUGAAGAAUUGGAUAUAAACAAUUUCAAUUGGGAUGGUAAACUCAAUGGAAUCGACUUGAAGACUGACGUCGUUAGACAUGACGCGAAACAGAAUAUUAUCACUGGAAAAAAGACGAUUUCAAGUUUGACAACUAAAGAUUUUUGGUUGCUAAAUAUAGAUUUCUCGAACUUCGUUAACACCGCUCUAACUCAAAAGUGUCAGAAGCUAACUACAAUUAAAGGUCGAAAAACUUUUAACAACAUCGUCUUGAACAAUUUGAGUGUCAAAGGUGAGAUUAUGGGUCGCAAGAUCGAAGAAGCAUUAUUAAAAUCUGGAAAUCAGAUAUUGUUUGGAAUCAAAAAGAUACGAGGUCAGCUUAAUGCGCCUUCCCUUAUAAUUGACGGCACCGUGAACGACGUAAAUUUGACGGAAUUGACAAACAAUCAAAUGAAGAAGCAUAAAGCGGUGCAAACGAUAGACAGCACAUUCGAUUUUAGGAAUGAUCUUGAAAUUUUCGGAAAUGUUACAGUCAGCGGAUUCUAUGAAAAAACAGAUUUGACGAACAUUAGUAAUCAGAAUGAAAUAGACGUCGUCUUGGACAGAACGACGAAAGUUGUGGAAUUGGUAGAGGAUAUAACAAUUGCAUUGCAAAAUCGUGCAAUUUAUGUAAAUAAAUUUGAAGAAGUAGAUGAGGAUGUAUUGGAAAUCACUUCUAGCAUUUUUAAUAGUGAGAAUGUGAUAGAUCUGAACAACACUUGUCUUUGCGAAUCGGAAAAUAUUUCCUCGCUUUGCAAUGAUACGAAAUUAUUUGAUAUUCUCAUCGGUACAAAUUCCAGCGCGUUUUUAACGAAAAAAUUAGUGCCGAUAAAUAAUGGUGUCUUUGCAGUAGUAGUGUCAUCAGAUUUCAUCUGGAUUUAUUCAUAUAUUGCAGCAGAAGAACAACUUUAUCGGGAAGCAGAACUAUACGUGCCUGGUAUACUUGAAGCAUCUGUGGAACCGAUUAAUAAUUCAAUAUGGAUUAUUUUGCGAUUAUCUCAACAAACCUUGAUAUUGCAUUAUCAAGUGUGGAAGGAGUUCGAGCGAUACAUUUUGCCAGGUUCGAAUUCGUUUGUAAUCAGCAAGACACCGAACAAUCAACAUUUACUAAUACGAUCUGACGGUAUGUGGAAUCUCGAAGGAGUCUCUCAUCCUGAACAUAUUUUUAAAAUGCCUCUAAAUGGAAAAAUAAAGACUUUCGCUCUCGGUGCUGAUUAUUACGUCGAAGCGACAACAGCAAACCACACGGCUGUCUUAAAAGCGCGAUACGUAGGUAAUUAGA